GAUCAGUCGGAACUACAGUCAAGGAAGCCUCGAUGACUUAUAACGGACAAAGUGUUUAUAAUCGAACGGGUAAAACUGAAAUUAAGUAUUCCAUUUCUGAUGUUUCAAACGGAAAUGAUGGCACAUACAAAUGUCAUUUCGUUCUAGAUGACGAAGAACAGUUCUCAGAAACAAUAUACCUUAUCGCUCGCAAAGCUACAAUGCUGUUGUUGCUCGAUUCAUCUCCAGUAACACAGAUAGUCUCCGGUUUUAAGCUUACGUUGGAGUGUGAUAUUGCCGGUGGAGCAAAAUCGUUUAAAUGGUUUCAAAACGGCGAAGAGUUAACAGUCUACGAAACGGUAUCAGUAACGAAAGUUGAAUCAAAUGAACUCACUGAAAAGAUGAAAAUCUCACUGAUAACAAACAACGAUAGUGAUAACCCGGUGGAUGAUCAAUUUAAGUGUCAAGGGAUAAUAUCAGACGAAACAGUUAACUUUCCUGAGACCAUUUUCAAUUCCAGCAGUACUUCUCUUCGAGUGUUUCCAGCUAAAACUACAAAGGCUCCUGCCGAUAAUGAACAUGCUUAUGAGGAUGAGUCUCACGAGCUUGUGUGUCAGUUCCCAGACAGUAAUGUGGUGACUAAGUACACUGUAUCGUGGGAAUUUAAUAAAAAAAUUAUAGUGGAUCAGACCGGGUGGUAUACAGUUGACACCGAACGGUCUAUUGUUGAUGAAAUUGCGUUUAUCGAAACUAUUCUAAAGAUUACCAAGGUAGAUCCAGGAGUUGACGGAAAGUACUCUUGUUCCAUAACCUGGGAAAAUGGAGUCGUCAUUAAUUCUGGAGAAACAACACUGACAGUGCGAACAAUUACAGAACCCCCAGAAGCUUUCUCCAUGUCUUCUGGAGCACCUGUUACCCUAACGUGCUCCGUAGAAGGUGACAAAGUAGCUGCCAUAUCAUUUUCAGUAACAGACAAAGACAUGUCACGUGAUAUAACAGUGGAGGUAACUGAAACUCAAGAUGACCAACAAAGAGUUACCACAGUUGGAAAACUCACCCCCAAUCUCACAGUUAGCUCUUAUAUUUAUUGUGCUGCCCAGUGGGAUGAUGAUGCAACCAUUCUCAAAUCCACCCCAAUUUCUGCGACUGUUCUGGCGGUCAAUAUACAAUCUCCUGAUGCUCCUGAUGGAUGGGGCGCUGAAAACGGGACACUGAAGAUUGAGUGUUCAGCUGAUGUACUGCUACCUUCAUUGGAGAAGGUAGAUGUUGAUUUUGAAUGGAUGCUACGUCUAGAGAAAUCAUCGCAGUGGGUUAAAGUUGAGGGCAACAAGGAUAUCGAAUUUGAGAUCGAGGAACCGAAGAUUGGAGGAGAUAAAAAACUAAUAAGUACUCUUACUCUUGGUCCAAUACAGAUUCAACACAGUGCAUACGAUAUUAAAUGUAGCGUCGACUAUCACAGCGAUACUGAGGAAGCGUUUCAUGGAGGGAAGGUAUCAUCUGACGAAUUUGAACUGAAAGUGAGACACAUCAAGUCUUUCUGGGUUGACUCUGAUGACACCAUCGUUGAGGGCGGAUCUUUUGAUCUUGUCUGCUCGGCUUAUGGGCCUCCUGAGUCUGUUGUAACGUUUGAGUUAAUCAAUAAUAACAAUGAACUUGACAGCUCCAGGUACACUAUUACUGAUGAAAGUAGUUCUAUCUCAGAGAAGCAGAAUUAUCUCCACCAUUACACUGUCACGACAUCAGAGGCUGUCCUAAAUGGUGACUAUUUCUUUUGCACGGUCCAAUUUACCGGAUCAUCAGUGACGAUGAGUAAGCAGUUACGAGUGAAAACAUACUAUGAUUGCACCAAAGCUCCGAUAUCGUCCAUCGAAAAAAUUUCGGGAAUGUCUAUUAAGUUCACGGAUGAUAAAGGGGACAGAACAGCUAAAGUAAUUUGUCCUGAUGAUAAUGACAACAUGAGAUACAUAGUUGAUGUUACUGAUGACGCCAAGGAGGAAUCAUUUUGCUCAAAAAGCACUGGCUCCUAUGAACCACCUCAACUUGCAACGUGCAAAACUAUUUAUCCCUUCGUCGAUGGAAAGUAUGAGCAAGUUUGGGACCUUCAAAAAGCUGAUUUCACGGUUUGCGAGUAUGAGAACACUAGUGAAAACUACUACUACUCUUCAACGAAAAUAAGGAACAUUUUAGCAAAGAAAUCAGAUACAUGUGGUACUUACAUAGCAGUCCCUUGCCUCAAAACUAACGAAUGCACGUUAGUGGAGAACAGGCGAAAAACUGACUGUGGCUGGAACGAGGACACAAAAGCUCUAACCAUCUACUACGCAGUGAAACUAACAAAUAAAGUGUGGACAGUAAAAGAAAGAGACGCUCUUGUCAACCUGCCUUUAAAAAGCAAGCUUCGGUUUUGGGAUUGUGACAAGGAUGAGCCAUCAUCUAGUGAAGGCAAAUACUUCGAUCAGAUGGAGUAUGAUGCUGAUUCCAAUACGCUCAUUCACAAUGAUAUUCCAGAGAGAAAAAGCUACACUGGUCUGUACGUUGGUAUCGUUGUAGCAAUUCUAAUGGCAAUUGGGGCAGCUAUAGUCAUAUAUUACAGAAAGAAGCUAAGAAGAAGAAUCAGUGUCAACUCCCAGAAUAGUGUGAGCGGCAGUAUAGGAGACAACGUUGAUCUUAAUUAUAAUGUGUUGAGUAAGGCAGACGUUACAUCAUCAACAGCUCAAAUUAUAACAUGAAACAACUGACUAUCAAAUCGGCGAUUGUUCAUUGGACUAUAAAAUAAUGAUAUUCGGUGUCAUAUGUUUCAAUGAUGUAUUUGCAAUCAUAUUUGACGUCUCUCACUCAGCUUGUUAUUUUCGGAAAGUUCCGAAACGACUCGAAUUCUCCAUUUUUUUAUUUAAGACGCACAAUCAUUGUAAAAAGUGAUUUAUUAAACCUACAUAUCGUUAUUUCCUUUAUUAAUUACCAAAUUAUUUUAGCUUGAAUACAUUUCAUUUUUUGAUGAUGCAAUGUAAUAAUUGAUAGGUGAAUUUUUUUGGAUUAUUAGAUUUAUUUGAUAUAUGUGUACAGCUUUGUAUACAAUAUGAUGUUCAAUUUUCAAUAAAAAUAGUUUAC